GAGGCCCAUUCCCAGAAAAGCGGUAUAAUAACCUUCUCUUCCAGAACUCUCUCCCUCUCUGACAGUUAUACAACAACUCCGCCCGAUCCACCACCACCAUUUUCACAUGCAUUACCUUUGCACGCUUCACACUCCAUUUUCCUCUCCAGUACUAUUUUAUUCACUUUGAUUUCUCUCUAUCGUCUUCUUCUUCUUCGUCACUUGGAAUUCUCUGAACCUCAGAGUUGAGUUUGCGCCGAAAUGGCGGGAAACGAUUGGGUGAACAGUUACCUAGAAGCGAUCCUGGACGUCGGUCCGGGAAUCGAUGACGCGAAGUCAUCGUUGCUGCUAAGGGAGAGAGGCCGUUUCAGUCCAACCCGCUACUUCGUCGAGGAGGUCAUCACCGGUUUUGAUGAGACCGAUCUCCAUCGCUCAUGGGUUCGAGCUGCGGCAACAAGGAGUCCGCAGGAGAGGAACACUAGAUUGGAGAACAUGUGCUGGAGGAUUUGGAAUUUGGCUCGCAAGAAGAAGCAGCUUGAAGGAGAGUAUGCUCGGCAAACAACUAAACGUCGACUGGAACGUGAAAGAGGCCGCAGAGAGGCAACUGCUGAUAUGUCAGAAGACUUAUCAGAAGGAGAGAAAGGUGACGUGGUUGGUGAUGUAUCAUCUCAUGGUGAUGGAGUUAGGGGAAAAAUGCCUAGAAUCAGUUCUGUUGAUGUGAUGGAGAACUGGGCUGCUCAACUUAAGGAAAAGAAGCUUUACAUUGUGUUGGUAAGCCUUCAUGGCCUGAUACGGGGUGGGAAUAUGGAGCUUGGUCGUGAUUCUGAUACUGGUGGUCAAGUAAAGUACGUGGUAGAACUUGCAAGGGCCUUAGGGUCAAUGCCGGGAGUUUAUAGGGUUGAUUUGCUGACCAGACAAAUCUCCGCGCCAGAUAUAGAUUGGAGUUAUAGUCAACCAACAGAGAUGCUGAAUCCAGGAAAGAUAGAGAAUUCAAUUCAAGAGCUUGGGGAGAGCAGUGGUGCUUACAUAAUUCGUAUACCAUUUGGUCCAAAAGACAAAUAUAUAAGGAAAGAACUCCUUUGGCCGUACAUUCCUGAAUUUGUUGAUGGGGCACUUGGGCACAUUGCACAGAUGUCCAAAGUUCUGGGUGAGCAAAUUGGUGGAGGACAACCAGUGUGGCCUGUUGCAGUUCAUGGUCAUUAUGCAGAUGCAGGGGACUCUGCUGCUCUUUUAUCUGGAGCUCUUAAUGUGCCAAUGGUCUUUACCGGCCACUCACUUGGACGUGAUAAGCUUGAACAACUUUUGAAACAAGGGCGCCAAUCAACAGAAGAAAUUAAUGCAACUUACAAGAUUCUGAGGCGGAUAGAGGCUGAGGAAUUAUCUCUUGAUGCCUCUGAAAUUGUCAUAACUAGCACCAGACAGGAAAUAGAAGAGCAAUGGCGCCUUUAUGAUGGCUUUGAUCCAGUUCUGGAGCGGAAACUGAGAGCUAGGAUCAAACGAGGUGUGAACUGUUAUGGCAGGUUUAUGCCACGCAUGGUUGUAAUUCCUCCUGGAAUGGAAUUUCAUCAUAUUGUACCACAUGAUGCAGAUAUGGAUGGAGAAGUGGAAAGAGAUGAGGAUAAUCCCGCUUCUCCUGACCCACCUAUUUGGUCUGAGAUUAUGCGUUUCUUUUCAAAUCCACGUAAACCUAUGAUACUUGCACUUGCCCGGCCAGACCCUAAAAAAAAUAUCACAACUUUAGUCAAAGCAUUUGGAGAAUGCCGCCCACUACGGGAACUUGCUAACCUGACACUGAUAAUGGGAAACCGUGCUAAUAUUGAUGAAAUGCCCGGCACAAAUGCUUCAGUGCUUCUCUCAAUUCUGAAGUUGAUUGAUAAGUAUGAUUUGUAUGGUCAUGUGGCAUAUCCUAAACAUCACAAGCAAUCAGAUGUUCCUGACAUUUAUCGCCUGGCAGCAAAGACAAAGGGUGUGUUCAUUAAUCCAGCAUUUAUUGAGCCAUUUGGACUUACUUUAAUUGAGGCAGCUGCUCAUGGUUUGCCCAUUGUUGCUACAAAAAAUGGUGGUCCUGUUGAUAUUCACCGGGUUCUUGACAAUGGUCUACUAGUUGAUCCACAUGACCAGCAGUCCAUUGCUGAUGCUCUUCUGAAACUUGUUUCGGAUAAGCAACUCUGGGCAAGAUGCAGGCAAAAUGGACUGAAAAACAUUCACCUGUUUUCAUGGCCAGAGCAUUGCAAGACAUACUUGUCACGGAUAGCAACUUGCAAGCAAAGACAGCCUCAGUGGCAAAGAAAUGAUCAGGAACUAGAAAUGUUGGAACCAGAUUCCCCUGGCAAUUCCUUGAGAGACAUACAGGACAUCUCUUUGAAUUUGAAGCUUUCAUUGGAUGGUGAGAAGAAUGAAAGAGCUGCGAAUCUUGAAACUGCUUUAGGUACUGAGGAAAAUGCUGUUGAACGCAAAGCCAGGCGAGAGAGUUCUGUUUCAAUGUUGUCACAGAAGGCUGGGCAGAUAGAAAAAGGAGAAAGCAAAAUUUCAAUACUGAGGAGGAGGAAGUAUAUUUUCGUUAUUGCAGUUGAUUGUGACAUGAUCUCAGAUUUUCCAGAGAUGAUAAAGACAGUGUUUGACAUUGCCAGAGAUGGUUCUGCUGGGUCUAUUGGGUUCAUACUGUCAACUGCCUUGACAAUAUCUGAGACACACUCCUGUAUGGUUUCCGCAAGGUUGAACCCUCUGGAUUUUGAUGCUUUUAUCUGUAAUAGUGGUGCAGAACUCUACUAUCCAUCCUCAAUUUUUGAGGAUGUGUCAAAUGGCUCCAAGUUGAAUGUGAUCCCGGUGUUGGCUUCUCGAUCUCAAGCCCUCAGGUAUCUGUUUGUCCGGUGGGGAAUAGACCUAUCAAGUGUUGUGGCUUUUGUGGGAGAAUGUGGAGACACAGAUUUUGAAGGCUUGCUUGGUGGGAUCCAUAAAACAGUUAUGAUAAAGGGACUUGGCACCAGCUCUCUUAAGCUCCAUGCUAACAGAAACUAUCCGCUAGAAGAUAUCAUGCCAUUUGAUAGCUUCAAUGUCAUUGAAGCUGAAAAGUGUGACACCAACUGCAUAAGAACUUCACUGGGGAAACUAGGAAUUCUUGAAGGAUAGAAUUACAGAAGAAAGACUAAAAUACUCUGAUCGCCCAUACUGUAUAAUGGAUGUUGCCUUUGAUCUGCAUCCACGAAAGGGAUAUACACAUAAUAUAUAUAUAUAUAUUGCUACUUGAUUCCAUCAUCCAUUUGACUAAUUUCAUUUCCUUUGAUCAUAAUCAGUGUGGACAACAAAGUCACUGCACUGUCGCAAUAUUGUCUCGUUUAAUGUAUGCUUUAUUCAGUAAUUCAAUAAUGUAUACUGAAAUGAAUACAGGCACAAGAAUUUUAUUGCUAUGUAAUUGUGGAAGCAGAAUCACUGCACUCUGGGAA